UGCUGGUCACGUGACGCGCCUCUGCUGAAGGUGCGGGGUAAAGGUAAAGGUGACACACCGCGAAGAGCGCGACACUUCACACUCUCCAGCCGACUGCAACACGACGACACACAAUAAUGUCUAUUAGCCGGAAAAACUGGUCUGCUUUGUCAACGCUGGCUCGACAGUGGACUGUGGAGGAUGAGGAAGAGGUGGAGAGAGAGAGGAGGAGGAAGAUAAGGGAGUCUACAGCAGACACGGAUGAAAGUCCCACUGAAGAGACCAAACCACAAACCAGUAGUGUUAGCGGUCCUGCUGAUGCUGGCGACUCCGGUGGGGACUCCGGUGGCGGUCUGGCCCAGCUGCAGCUGGACUUUGUGGAGAUGCUUCGAGUCCGUGACGAACGGCGCAGGAUGAGGCAUGUUGAAACCCUGAGGAAGAGUAAGGAGGAAGAUGAUGGAUGCAGAGAGAGCGGCCCGGAUAAGGAGCCCCGUGUGGAGCUGCUGGGGGAACAGCAGGACGAGGACCUCUUCGAGAGCGUGCAGCGCUGCGUGGAGACCUUCAUGUCUCCAGAUCCUCCCUCCGACCCCACAGACUCAGAGACACAGGAGAAGCAAAAAAAUGGAGGCACGAACCAAGAUUCAAAGGCAUCCCGAAAGUUUGUGAGCUCUCUCUCCGUCUCCUUUGAUAAGAGUCCCACAUCACCCUCAGCCACCAGCAGACUGGUUUCUCCUCUGAGCCCCAAGUCUCCGCCCCCUCAGUCUCCGAGGGCGGAGUCACCUCACAGCCCCGCCCACUCUGGCUCGAUGAGCCCCACACCUAACGGAGACACAGAGACACAUGGAAAUGGGUCACCGAGUAAUUUCGAACCAACUGUGAAACCUGCGUUCACACGGCAGAGCUCCAGAACGAUGUCCUUCAGGAUGAUGAAGAAGAAGGAGGAAGAAGACAUGCCGUUACAGAGAAGUGCAAGUGUGCGGAUUGCAGCGAAGAGCUUCGAAUCCAGUAAGAGCUCCAGCCAGGAGGAGGAGCAGCAGAGCCCGUUUCAGAGAAACUCCCGCCAGAGGCUGUCAUCCCACGCCAUUCAGGAGAAAAUGGAACGACUGGCUCAAGCCUCACAGAAAUGGGAAAUCUCCAAAUCCCCAGCGGUCCACAAGACGGUGUGUUUAGCGGACGAGGUGCAGAGGAAGAGGGAGCUGUUUGAGAAAGAGCAGGAGGGAUCUGACAGAAGCCACGUGUUCUCCAGACAGGAAUUCCGCAGCUUUUCUUCGGGGAUCUCUGAUCGAAUUAAUCGCUGGGUUCAGAAGAAACCAUUUCCUGAGUCAUCAUCCUCCUCAUCUCCAUCUUCAGCAUCAUCUCACAGUCCUUUGGAUCUGAGACACGUGAACAUCUCCAUUAAGAAGAGUUUGUUCGAAAGAGGCCAAGACCAGGAGGACCACAAGUGACACUCUCAAACUCUAAUGAGAUUCAUUUCAUAAUGUAUCUCUGCAGUUUCUGAAGAUUUUGAAGGAAGCGCGAUCGACUCUUUCAGACGCUCCACGGACUGUCUCUAAACUCCCUCUCCUUCUGCUUCUUUACGUUGGCUGAUUCCUCAGCACUUUUAAGGCCUAGGACUGAUCGGCGUUAUUUGGGUAUAUUCAAGGCUUACGUUAUUGGUUGUGAAUGUGUGUAUUAAUGGAUUGAGGAGUGUAGCAGGACUGUAUCAUGGGGUCUUUACACAGAAACCGAACAUCCCGGGGUUUAUCAGACAUUCAGCUUCUCUGUGUCGGUGCCAGACACUCCUCUGCCAUGUAGCGUGAUAUCUGUGCUGUUGAUAAGUAAGUUAUUCGGAGAAAGAGACAUAAUCUGUGACUCAUAACAGUCCGAGGUACAACUGUAAUACCAUGAAUGUCUGUUUCAGUGAAGCGACUGGAAGUAAGCUUGAUAAUUCAUUUGUAAUGUGCUGAAGCUCACAUAUGCUCUCACUGCUGCUGUUUCAACUUGCCGGAGACUUGAGUCAUGAAAAGGAAAUGUCAUUUAGAUGUAAUCUUAGUAGUGAAAUGUGUCCUAUCAAGCCCUUUGAAAACUGACUCCAAUCCAUUCCAACUCAAUCAAAGCCAAUUUUGUUUUGUUUUUUUGCUGAACGAGCUGUCAUGUAAUUAUCUUUUGCCCUGAAGGGUUAUGCUGUUGACAAAUACAAUUUUUAUACCAGUG